CUCUGCGGGAGCCACCCACACCUCUGCGGCUUCUCCUCUGACAUGGCCGACUCGGAGAACCAGGGGCCCACGGAGCCGAGCCAGGCGGCGGCGGAGGCGGAGGCGGCGGAGGAGGUAAUGGCGGAAGGCGGAGCGCAGGGUGGAGAGACUGACAGCGCGGCUGCUGAGUCUGACAGCACCGCUGCUCAGAUGGCCGAGGAGCCCCAGACCCCCGCAGAGAAUGCACCAAAGCCGAAAAACGACUUUAUCGAGAGCCUGCCCAAUUCGGUGAAAUGCCGAGUCCUGGCCCUCAAAAAGCUGCAGAAGCGAUGUGAUAAGAUAGAAGCCAAAUUUGAUAAAGAAUUUCAGGCUCUGGAGAAAAAGUAUAACGAUAUCUAUAAGCCCCUGCUCGCCAAGAUCCAAGAGCUCACCGGCGAAAUGGAGGGAUGUGCAUGGACCUUGGAGGGGGAGGAGGAGGACGAGGAGGAGUACGAGGAGGAUGACGACGAGGGGGAGGAGGAGGAGGACGAGGAGGAGGCUGCCGCAGGGGCAGCCGCGGGUCCCCAAGACGCCGAUCCCCACAACGAGGUGCCUGAUGACGCCAAGAAAUAAGAGGGGGCAGGGAUUGAUGAGGUGAAAGCCGACGACAACAACCUAUUUUUUUUUCUUUCAAAUAUUGGUGGACUUAAAAGGCUCAGGUUUUUGACCAAAAUACAGUAUGAAUCAUUUCUGACAUUCCUAAAAUAGAUUAAAUUAAAGCAAUUAGAUCCUGGCCAGCCUGUUUCAAAUUUGACUUUCAUUUGAACACAAUAAAUAUACCAAAAGGUACUGAAGAAAACCGAAUUAAACUUAAGAGAAUUAUUUUUCCAUGAUCUCUUCUGUGAGGAUGGGAGUUGAGGCUUAUAAAGGGUGUCAACAGAUGUGAAGGAAAGAACGUCACUUCGAAACCCAUUCAAUCACACGAUCAUAACACUACACAUGGAACACAAGAGCCAAGACUGAACACAUUCUUAAUGCUUGAUUCUUCAGUUUCUUUAGUUUUGACAUUUCCCAGUGCAGAGAAAGCAGAACCCAAGAAAAACGUCAUCUUUAAGACUUUGCUUUUGUAACCCUGACAUCAGCAUUAACACUUCAGAGAAGAGUGAUGGCACCAAGGAAACCCGAGGUGGAGACUGUGACACUACUGUUAAUGAGGCCAGGAAAACUGCCAUUUCAAGUUCUGAAAAAUGUUCUGAAUAUGUGAAUUUAGAGAACAUGGUUCCAAGAAAGAGGAUGUAUAACCUGUAUAAUAUUGUCAAUAUAUGUCUUCAUUAGUUUCAGUCUCAUGUUUAUGUGUUUUCUUGGUACUACUUGCAAAGAGUAAAAAAUACCCAAGACAUUUAAGUAUUAAGUCACUUUUCCUAGUAUUUUAAAAGUAUUAAUUUACUUGAAGAGAUGUAGAAUGUAGCAAAUUCUGUAAAGCAUGUGUAUCCAGUGUUAUGUAGUUUGAUUCUUGUGAAGUCUUUUUGUCAUGUAGCUUUUUAGGGUGUAGCUGUGAAAAUCAUCAGAACUCUUCACUGAAGCUACUAUGUUUGGAAAAAAUAUAUACUUGAAGAACCAAUCCAAGUGUGUGCCCCCACCCCCAGCUCAGAAGUAGAAAGGGUUUGUUUGCUUGUAUUAUCUGUGCCUUCAUUAUUUUGCUAUUUAAAUGUGACAUAUUAAAUAUAAAAUGGUGCAUAAUCAAAUUGUACUGCUUGAGGAUAGACUGGCAUACAGUAAGGAUUUUUAGGGAGAACACAUUUAAUGUAAAAACUCAGCUUCUUGUGGGUUUUGAUUAUGUGUGAGUCAGUGAUCUACAAAGAAACAUAAGCAUACGUUGUUUACCACUGUGGUGUUAAU